GAGUCUUAGGAGUAGGUAGUGCUUGUGUGCUUCAGCGACAUGAACACUGGAGAUACAGCAUUACUUUUUUAAUCCACAGGUAAAAAGACACGGGUGCAACAGCUUGGAAGAAGUAAUGUAGAGUCAUAUCAACGCAUUUACUGCAUCCACUACAAGGUACUUGUCAGAGCCCAUAAGAUAUAUUCUGCAAAAUGCCGUCCCCACAAGUCCUCCAGCCAGUUCUCAAGAUGAAGGUGGAUGAGCUUUUUCUCAACUGGUUGAGUGACACUGCAACUCAGUCAGUACUCAAAGAUUAUCUUGACCUAAUCAAAAGUGGACAACACAUUGAUUUAAAUAGUGGGGACGCCCAGGACAAGAGGGCACUGACUUUCAACGAGAACAACAAUGUGGCAUCCCAAAGGAACCUAGCAGAGAAGAAGCCUGCUCCCCUCGGUACUCCCUCAAGCCCCCCGUCUGCCAGUACUCUACCCUCUGGCAGCAGCAGUAAUACAAGAGUGACCGGACCCAAUGGCAGAGUACUACGGAGGUCUGUCAGCACAAAAAAGGCCCAGGUGAGGACAGAGGAGCCCGUCACCACAGCGCUGAGUGAAAGCAUUCCAAAGUUUUACUUCCCACAGGGCCGGCCCCAGGCCAACCUCAACAUCGACGGACUCAUUUCCAAAAUUGAGAAAAUAUUUUCCCAAUUCCCAAAUGAAAGGGCCACCAUUGAGGACAUGGGGCAGGUCGCCAAGGCCUGUGAGUGUCCCGUCUACUGGAAAAUGCCAUUGUUCUGCUCAGCUGGAGGCGACAGGACCGGCUUCGUGUCCGUUCACAAGUUCGUGGCUAUGUGGAGAAAAACUCUGCAGACCUGUCACGAUGACGCUUCUAAAUUUGUGCACCUCUUGGCCAAGCCUGGCUGUAAUUACCUGGAACAAGACGACUUUAUUCCAUUCCUGCAGGAUGUGGUGAACACACACGCAGGCCUGGCCUUCCUAAAGGAGGCUCCGGACUUUCACUCACGAUACAUCACCACGGUGAUUCAGAGGAUAUUCUACAAUGCGAACCGCUCUUGGACUGGAAAAAUAACGUGUUCUGAGCUCAGGAAAAGUAACUUUCUUCAGAAUUUGGCGUUGCUGGAGCAGGAAGAAGACGUGAACCAGCUGACAGAGUUCUUCUCCUAUGAACAUUUCUAUGUCAUCUACUGCAAGUUCUGGGAGUUGGACACAGACCAUGACCUCUACAUAGACCAGAAGGACCUGGCACAGCACAACGACCAAGCCAUUUCCCACAAGAUGAUUGAGAGAAUAUUCUCAGGAACAGUAACAAGAGACAGAAAAGUGUAUAAAGAGGGACGGCUGAGUUAUGCUGAUUUUGUCUGGUUCCUCAUCUCUGAGGAGGACAAGAAGACUGACACCAGUAUAGAAUACUGGUUCCGCUGCAUGGACCUGGACGGGGACGGGGUGCUCAGCAUGUACGAGCUGGAGUAUUUCUACGAGGAUCAGUGCCAGAAGCUGGAGACCAUGGCCAUUGAGCCCCUACCCUUCGAGGACUGCCUCUGCCAAAUGCUUGACCUUGUCAAGCCAGAGGUCGAAGGUAAGAUCACUCUGCGGGACCUUAAAAGAUGCAAGUUGUCCCACAUCUUCUUCGACACUUUCUUCAACAUUGAGAAGUACCUGGACCAUGAGCAGAAGGACCCGUUCUCUGUUAUAAGGGAGAUGGAGACGGACGGCCAGGAGGUUUCCGACUGGGAGAAAUAUGCUGCAGAGGAGUAUGACAUCCUCGUGGCCGAGGAGGCCGCCAACGAUCAGUGCAACGACGUGUACGAUAAUCCUCUGAGCCCUUUGGGGCAGCACAUCCCCAGUGAGCUGGGUCUGACAAAGAGACACUUCUUUGAGAUACCCAGUCCUCACUGUAACCUGGACCUGGACGAAUAUGAAUACGAAGAUGACUAUGAAUGACGUGACGCGACCCCGUAGCGUUUUCUCACACGCCUGCUAAGCGCUGUGCGCUCAUGGAAAACAGCUCAGUGUUAAAUGGAUGGAUCGAUUCAACAAAAAGAUUUGCAGGUUCAGGCUCGGGUUCCCAGGACACUGUCAGAGCACAGUUGGGGUAAGAUGUGCUGGAAUGGACACAGUAUCACACAUUUGGCAAAGAGGGAAAGUGAAGUGCAGGCGGUGGUUCUUCACAUUACUGCACUUAACCAGAUGUUUUAAUAUUUCACACUUAAAGAAGUCACAACAGCUGACUUCCUGAUGUCACGAGCGGUGCGUUCAAGCCUUUGCUUUAUCCCCACAGGAAAAGUUGUGUUUGUGUACGGAAUGCUUUGUAUAAAUAAUGUUUGGGGAAGAGUGUAAUUUAACCUGAAUGUCAGUGCUGUGUAAUCACAUGAGCUAAACCACAUUCUUUACACACUGGAGCGCCUGGAUUGCUGCACAGAAAACAAUGUUUUUUUGAUUCAGGUUUUGAACUAAUUAUCAUCUGAAGUCAUUGGCUAAUGUUACAUUCCAGUGAUCAUAACGAAAAGUUUUCUAUACGACUGUAAAUUCAUUCAUGGUUGUUUGUUGAAAUGAGACGUUGCUGUAAAUGCCAAACAAGCAACCGUUGAGCCUGCUGCACACACACA